AUGACGAACCAAAUACGCAAACUUUUCACUAAACAGGCACUAGUGUACCCUGACGAUUACAAAACAGUGCGAGCAUAUAAGUACUUUAGAAGUUCUUAUUUUUUAUCUGCUGUUUUGGGCUACGAUUUUUUUCCUUUUACGAUAUCCAAAUCAAGAAUUGUUAGAAUUAUUUUUGCAAUUUACGCUUUCUCCGUGUCCAUCGGAUUUUCAUACUUAGUACUGCAUUAUGUCAAAUACUUGCAGAGUUCCCCAUAUGUUUAUGUAGCCGUAGAAUACAUUACUACUGUAAUAUUGUUGCUGUUUAUGAGUGCUCAUAGACGUGCAAAAUUUUUAAGAACUCUAGAAAUGAUUGAUGAUAAACUACAUGUUGAUGAGUCGUAUUAUUGCCGAAUAAUGAGAAUAACUCAAGCCUUUGUCAUAAUCGCUAUACUUAUGAGAUUCUUUUAUUCAAUGGUGGUAUGUUUUUCAUUCAAAGUGAACUGUGAUGAAUCGCCUGUGAUCGUCUUUACCACAGGAUUUAUUUUGAUUGCUGUAGACGCAAACCAAGUACCGCGUUUACUAACGUUUUUCAUGAUCAAAUUUAGGAUGUCGCUUUUGAGAAAGAAAGUAGAGAAUUUGUUUCAAAAUACUGCUAUAUCCGUAAUUGACACAAAAGAUAAAAGAAAAAGUCUCCUUUUAUAUCAAGAUAUUUACGAAGAUAUACUUGACUCUAUCAAUGUUAUCAGUAAAAUAAUCAAUCCUUUCUUUCUGCUGAGCUUAGUGUGCAGUUUCCCGAAGAUAAUGUUGCUGUUAUAUAACGUAAUCGUUCUACAAAAAAGAGGGGUGCCGAUAAUUCACCUGAUAGCACUGGGUCUGGAGGCGGUGCAAUGGGCUCUAAUUCCGUGUCUGCCGGGAAUACUGUUCGAGAUGACCCGAGAUCAUGUUGACAAAAUGAAACUAUUUCUGCUGAAGCAUUACAAAGAAAGCACUCGUAACAAUCACCCUAUGCGAAUGGAAAUAAAGGAGUUUCUAGACUACAUUGAGCUACGGCCAUGUCGCUAUUUACUGUACCGGUUCAUUCCAGUGGACCUGUCGCUUCCAGUCUGCCUGUUCCAUCUUUGCACCACAUAUCUCAUCGUCAUGAUACAAUUCUCGCAUUUGUUCGAGGAUGAUGCAUAGAUUGUAUAAGUAAUUACAAAGCCCCCUAAUUUCAAUAUCCAUACGAAUA